UAUAUAUAUAGAUACGAUCUCUCAGGAACAGUGGAACAGAAGACACCUCUUUCGCCAUUUCUCUCUCCCUCCCCUUGCAACUGCUUGCCAAAUUUAUAAGCUCCCAAACCCUUUUUGGUUGUCAUCUCGUGGAGGUGCCAAUUCGAAUUUGUAAAAGUGGCAGAUGCAGUAAAAUAUUGUGCAGUUGCUCAUAAAUUGGUUUCUGCCUAGUGCGUGACCUUUAAGUUGAGCAACUCCUUCUCAGAAUGGGGACCUUGCAUAGGAGUGGAGUCGUGAAGAGGUCAAAUGAUGGUGUGCGGCUCUUUCUAACAACCAUCAUUGGAAUGGUGUUAGGAUAUCUUAUAGGCGUUUCAUUUCCUUCUAUUUCUUUAAGUAAGAUUAGUCUACCUUCAAGUCUAAUUUCGCCUAUUGAUAUGACUUUUCACGAUCGUCGCCAUACAUCCGGUGAUCGUAGGUUUCCUGAAAACCUUGGUUCAGGAAGUUCUCCUUCAACGCCCAAGAUAUAUGUUCCUACAAAUCCUCGUGGCGCUGAGUCUUUACCUCCUGGAAUUGUUGUGUCAGAAUCAGAUUUUUAUCUGAGAAGAUUAUGGGGUGAACCUAAUGAGGAUCUGAAAAGGAAGCCGAAGUAUCUAGUAACAUUCACAGUGGGUUUGAAUCAAAAGGACAAUAUUAAUGCUGCGGUCAAAAAGUUCUCUGAGGAUUUUCAAAUACUGCUUUUUCAUUAUGAUGGCCGGACAACUGAAUGGGAUCAAUUUGAGUGGUCACAACGUGCCAUUCAUGUCAGUGUCAGAAAACAAACUAAAUGGUGGUAUGCAAAGAGAUUCCUACAUCCAGAUCUUGUGGCUGCUUAUGACUACAUCUUCAUUUGGGAUGAAGAUCUUGGAGUUGAACACUUUAAUGCCGAAAAGUAUAUAAAAUUGGUUCAGAAACAUGGAUUAGAGAUUUCACAACCGGGUCUUGAACCCAACAACGGACUGACAUGGCAAAUGACAAAAAGGCUGGGCAACAGAGAUGUUCACAAGCAUACAGAAGAAAAACCGGGCUGGUGCAGUGAUCCGCAUUUGCCUCCUUGUGCAGCCUUUGUUGAAAUUAUGGCUCCAGUGUUUUCUCGCGAGGCUUGGAGAUGUGUUUGGCAUAUGAUUCAGAAUGACUUGGUUCAUGGAUGGGGAUUGGAUUUUGCAUUAAGAAGAUGUGUGGAUCCUGCACAUGAGAAAAUUGGUGUUGUCGACUCCCAAUGGAUUGUACACCAAGUUAUCCCAUCACUUGGAAGUCAGGGUGAGGCUGAGAAUGGCAAAGCGCCAAGGCAAGGGGUACGAGAUAGAUGCAAACAUGAAUGGGCCCUUUUCCAGGAUCGUAUUGCCAGUGCAGACAGAGCAUACUUUUCACAGCUUCAGCAUCCUUAGCUAUGGUCCGAUCUCGGCCAAUCUUGUAAAUUUUUCUUUUCCUUAUGUUUUUCCUCUUUGUCCCAUUUAUCACGAGUGGUGUUUCGUAGCUUGAUUCUUUCAUGUGAGCUGUUGUUAUAUCCUAUCUCCCUGUAGAUACUUGGAAUGAGAACUUCAGUUAUAUGUGCAGAAAAAUAGAUGAUAGAUUAUAUGACUUUUGGUGUACACAAACGAGAAUUACCGAUUAUCCCCCUUAGUGAAAUGCAUAAUUUUUCAGUUUGCAUGGUCUUUUGCUUUCAUGUUCCUUUUAGGAUACAGUGGUUAGCUUCGGGAUUCUGACGCCUGGGACUUUAAAGUUCACACAUCACAUGCUUUCUUUUUCGGAAAAUGGUGAGGUUCUCAAUUUUCGUCGCAUACUUCACUAUUUGGGGGCAUUGAAAUCCAACCUUAAAGAAGUUGAUUCUUCAGUCGAUUAUCCUAUCCUACUCGUUAAAAUGAGUGGAUAAUAAAAUAGUUUUCGUUCACUUGUUCUCAGCAAGAUACCCAUUAACACACAUUUUUGUUUGUACAACUAAUGUUGUCUCCUCUCUCUUUUGUGCAUGCAUAUCUUUUACUAGUCUUAGAAUGUUUAUGGUCAAUUAGACUCGCGCAGGUCAUACCACAUACUACCUCGCAAUGCUUGGUUAUGGGGUGUCUGAUGUAUUUUUAAUGCAAAUGUAAUAAUUUUAUUGUCCUAGGCAGUACUUGGUAUAUUUUGUUGAGGAAAAUAAUUUUAUAUGUAUGUCUAUGAAAAUCUUGAGAUCAAAGCGUAAGACGUUGGAUG